AUGGGAUCUUUGGAGGACGCAACCAACGAUCUUUCUCAGAAUCUAGAGGACGAGAUAUUGGAGGAUGGCGACUCUGUUGUCUUUUCGGACUUUGACAAUGAGUUCUCAUCCACCACCACGUUCAAUCCCCCGCCAGCCCGCGAUGAGAAGAAGGAGGUAUACAAAAUGUCUGCCAAGGACACACGGCGUGUCCAGUUGUGGCGAGUUGCCAUGACUUUGGCGUUGCUAUUGACUGCCCUGGGCGUCACGCUGACCACCUACUUGGUCCUCAUUGGCGAAGAGUCCAAAAACUUUGAAACCGCGUUCACCAAGUUCUCUCGUACGGUGGGUGAUGCUGCCAUUGACCAGCAAAAGAACUUUCGUGACUCGAUCCGAGGCCUGGCUCACUUGGUUUCUGGUCAGGCGUCGACCUACAACCUCUCCUGGCCCACGGACAAGGACAAGUUCACCAACUACACCACGAAAAACUACCAGCAGAUCAUUCAAUCGGCUCAUCUCAUGCAGAACGGAGACUUUCGCCGCUUGAACAAUGAUACCAGUGUCUACAAACCAUUCAUCUCCAAAAACUCUCCCCAAGGCUACCUCCCAGACGAUGACCGCGACGAAUACUGGCCGUCCACGGGACAGUUCUCUCCUCCACCGGCGACCUAUGGCAUUGUCAAUUGGAACGUUCAUCAUAUCCCGCCCUUGGCGUUUGCCAUUGAUGCCAGUGUGGCGCUCAAGUAUGAGACCACCUUUACCAUGAUUACACCCUACCGCAGUGUCGAUCUCAUCAUGACCAAAGCCGAACACGCGGCCAAGCACAGCGACCUCUUGGAUUCGACUCCCGAGCAUCCCCACACGUUUGCCGUUCACCCGAUUCACCGCGAUCCAUUGAAUGCAGAUUCGGAAAUUGUCGGCAUUGUUGUGGCGGCACUGGCAUUGGAUGUCGCACUGCUCAACUUGUUGCCCGAAGGUGUCCAAGGAAUCCAUUGCAUCAUUAGCAAGAACAUGAAUCAGACAUUCACCUAUGAGAUUAUUGGAAACGAUGCAAUCUAUCUUGGUGAGGGAGAUAUGCAUGAGGAGCAGUACACGGACAUGGGCGUGUUUGUCGACUUGGCGCUUCACACCAACCCGGAAUACAGGACCACUCCCCGCAAUACACUCUAUCGAAUGGACAUUUACCCCAGCUCCAAGUUUGAAGACACAUACCACACGGGAACCCCCCAGCGCUUUGCUAUCAUCUUGGCGGUAGUCUUUGUUUCUGUGGCCGUUACCUUUUUGGUCUACGACUUGGCCGUCCAACACCGCAAUGAAAAUCUCGUCUCCAAGGCAGCGCAAUCCAACGCGAUUGUCUCUUCCCUCUUCCCUGACAACAUCCGAGAGCGGCUCAUGAACGACAAUGACGAGUCACAACAGGCCAUGAACUCGAGUAUGCACAGCAAACGUGGCCGUCUCAAGGCAUUCCUCAACGAUGGAAAGAAUGGGUCCAAAGCCCGCCAUCAAAGCAAGCCCCUGGCCGAUCUCUUCUUGGAGACUACCGUG